CCAUGGGCGAGACCAAGAUCAUCUACCACCUGGACGGGCAGGAGACGCCGUACCUGGUGAAGCUGCCGCUGCCCGCCGAGCGCGUCACCUUGGCGGACUUUAAGGGCGUCCUGCAGCGGCCCAGCUACAAGUUCUUCUUCAAGUCUAUGGACGACGAUUUCGGAGUGGUGAAGGAGGAGAUCUCAGAUGACAAUGCCAAGUUGCCCUGCUUCAAUGGCCGGGUGGUGUCCUGGCUGGUGUCAGCUGAAGGCUCACACCCAGAGCCAGCUCCCUUCUGUGCUGAUAACCCAUCGGAGCUGCCACCUCCCAUGGAGCGCACAGGAGGCAUUGGGGACUCCCGGCCGCCAUCCUUCCACCCUCAUGCUGGUGGGGGCAGCCAGGAGAACCUGGACAAUGACACAGAGACGGACUCCUUGGUGUCUGCCCAGCGGGAGCGGCCUCGCAGGAGGGACGGCCCAGAGCACACAACCCGGCUAAAUGGAACUGCAAAAGGGGAGCGGCGGCGAGAACCAGGGGGUUACGACAGCUCGACUACCCUCAUGAGCAGCGAGUUGGAGACCACCAGCUUCUUUGAUUCUGAGGAGGAUGACUCCACCAGCAGGUUCAGCAGCUCCACAGAGCAGAGCAGUGCCUCACGCCUGAUGAGAAGACACAAGCGGCGGCGGCGGAAGCAGAAGGUUUCCCGGAUUGAGCGGUCCUCAUCCUUCAGCAGCAUCACGGACUCCACUAUGUCACUCAACAUCAUCACGGUCACUCUCAACAUGGAAAAGUAUAACUUCUUGGGCAUCUCCAUUGUGGGCCAAAGCAACGAGCGUGGUGACGGAGGCAUCUACAUUGGCUCUAUCAUGAAGGGUGGGGCCGUGGCUGCUGAUGGACGCAUCGAGCCAGGAGAUAUGCUGUUACAGGUAAACGAGAUCAACUUUGAGAACAUGAGUAAUGACGACGCAGUCCGGGUACUGCGGGAGAUUGUGCACAAACCAGGGCCCAUCACCCUGACUGUAGCCAAGUGCUGGGACCCAAGUCCACGUGGUUGCUUCACAUUGCCCAGGAGCGAGCCCAUCCGGCCCAUUGACCCUGCGGCCUGGGUCUCCCACACUGCAGCCAUGACUGGCACCUUCCCUGCCUACGGCAUGAGCCCCUCCCUGAGCACCAUCACCUCCACCAGCUCCUCUAUCACCAGCUCCAUUCCUGACACAGAGCGCCUAGACGACUUUCACCUGUCCAUCCACAGUGACAUGGCUGCCAUUGUGAAAGCCAUGGCUUCCCCUGAAUCCGGGCUGGAGGUCCGAGACCGCAUGUGGCUCAAGAUCACUAUCCCCAACGCUUUCAUCGGCUCGGAUGUGGUGGACUGGCUGUACCACAACGUGGAAGGCUUCACUGACCGGCGAGAAGCCCGCAAGUAUGCAAGCAACCUGCUGAAAGCUGGCUUCAUCCGCCACACUGUCAACAAGAUCACCUUCUCCGAGCAGUGCUACUACAUCUUCGGUGACCUCUGCGGCAACAUGGCCAACCUGUCCCUCCACGAUCACGACGGCUCCAGCGGUGCCUCUGACCAGGACACACUGGCCCCUUUGCCGCACCCGGGGGCUGCCCCUUGGCCCAUGGCUUUCCCCUACCAGUACCCGCCACCCCCGCACCCCUACAACCCGCACCCAGGCUUCCCGGAGCUGGGGUACAGCUACGGCGGGGGCAGUGCCAGCAGUCAGCACAGUGAAGGCAGCCGGAGCAGUGGCUCCAACCGCAGCGGCAGCGACCGGCGGAAAGAGAAAGACCCGAAGGCUGGAGACUCGAAGUCAGGUGGCAGCGGCAGCGAGUCGGACCACACAACCCGCAGCAUGAUGCCCCCACCGCCCGCGGCCAUGGGACCCCCAGGAGCCCCCCCAGGCCGUGACCUGGCCUCGGUGCCCCCCGAACUGACUGCCAGCAGACAGUCCUUCCGCAUGGCCAUGGGAAACCCCAGUGAGUUCUUUGUGGAUGUGAUGUGAGCAGGGCCCCUCCCCCACUUCCAUCCCACCUCUAACCUGGCUGGCUGCGUCCCUCUCUCCAUCUGUCCAGUCUUUUUUACUUUGGUACCUGAAAGGGAAAUAAACGGAACUAAAUCCAG